GGGACCUUUUGUAUGUUUGCCCCCUUUACUGCCCACUGGAGGGCAACAAGGACAAUGCAUCGACCUAGUGGGGUGGGCAGCACCUUCUCCAUAGACUCUCUGAUUGGGACCCCAGCGGUGAGACCGGGGCAGGUUCUGUACACUGGGUACCCCAUGUUCAUGCCCUACAGACCCCUGGUGAUCCCUCAGAGUCUCUCUCCAUCCCCGCUGCCCCCCAUGGCUCCUAUGCCCUCAUACUCUGAACGCCUGAAUAACACUUUCUGUGCCAGUCUGGGGCAGGGGCUGCCCUCCAUGGUUGCUCUCACCACAGCUCUGCCCAGCUUCAGAGACCUGCCCGAUGGAUUUUACACUCAGGAACCUCAGAGCAGAUCCCCCGACUCUGCAGAUGGAACCAGACAGCAAGAACCCCACAAGACGGAGGAGAAGAGUCCAGAGCGAGGGAACUACUCCGAGCCCUACCCCAGCCUGACAGGAGACUCCAAGCUAUACAGCUCAGAUGAAGAGAAAAUGGGAGGAAAAGCCUCUGAGCCGGGCUGCAGUGACCAUGAAGAAGAGGAGACCUCUGGAGAAAGCUGCGAUGAGAACCUUCCAGAUCAGGGGCACAGCCCAUCGCGGGGCAGGGUUAAGGGGAAGAACGCCUCUCAGGACCCAGGUAGAGAUGGAGCAGGGACUCCUGGAAAAAGCCGAAGACGCAGGACAGCGUUCACCAGCGAGCAACUCUUGGAACUUGAAAAAGAAUUUCACUGUAAGAAAUACCUUUCCCUCACGGAGAGGUCGCAGAUCGCUCACACUCUUAAACUCAGUGAAGUGCAGGUGAAAAUCUGGUUCCAGAAUCGCAGAGCAAAAUGGAAACGCAUUAAAGCUGGGAAUGUCAGCAGCCGAGCAGGGGAGCCUGUCCGUAACCCAAAAAUUGUGGUACCGAUCCCUGUGCAUGUCAACCGCUUUACUGUCAGGACCCAACAGAUGGAUGGUGCUCGGCCAUAAAGCUGAAAAAUGACUCAAUUUAGAGAGGUGGAAAGUAUUGCAAUAAUUAUGUAAUGCAACAGAAUCCCUAAUUGUUAACUCAUGAAUGACCUGAAACAAGGACAAUGGUAUUGGCGUUAGGGUUACCCCUUACCAUUAUCAUCAUCAGGAUAAAUAUCCAGCACCUUAUGACCAACUAGAAAACUGAUGUAAAAUACAAUCGGUGGUAAUAUUUACGUGUAUCAAUAAUCACAGUUUUCUAUAUGAGGUUCUCUGGCACUGCCUGUCUGAACUGGAGCGACUGACUGGAAUGGGGCAUUUGUCUGGACUGGUGGGAUCGUGUGGACUGGGGCAACUGACUGGAUUGGGUUGACUCUGGUCUGGGGCCACUGACUGGGGCGAUUGUCUGGACUGGUGGGAUUGUCUGCAUUGGGGCGACUGUCUGGUGCGAUUGUUUGGACUGGUAGGAUUGUCUGGACUGGGGGGGACUGAAUGGACUAGUGAGAUUGUUUGCACUGGUGGGAUCGUCUGGACUGGGGUGAAUGACUGGACUAGUGAGAUUGUUUAGUCUGGUGGGAUUGUUUGGACUGGGGGUACAGUUUGGACUGGGGCGAUUGUCUGGACAUGGGAGAUCAUCUGGACUGGGGGUACUGUCUGGUCUUGGGCGAUUGUUUGGACUGGUGGGAUUGUUUGGACUGGGGGGACUGACUGGACUCGGGCGAAUGUUUGGACUGGUGGGAUCAUUUGGACUGGGGCGAGUGAGUGUAGGUUCUUAACUUUGAAGGACGCCUGGACAAAAACCACAGCUUUACUCGUAGCUAAACAAAUGGCGCCUUUUGCACAAGUUGUACUUUAAAGGGUUUAAUAAACAUCAUUUUUUAGUUCUUUAAGAUGCUGGAUAUUUGAUCUUUGUCACAUUAUUCUCCUUACGUGGCCACCAGGCCAUCCACGUAUCACUGGAUAUAUGAGGAUACAGACGCACAAGGAGCACAAACCAACCUGCCUCGUCGAGACAGGAGCAGUCAAGUAAUCCCCCGUGGUGGCCCGGGUGGGGGGAGGAAAACCUCAAAUCUGUUCUAUUCCUUGCACUAAUUUUUUUCUGCAUAUUCACAGAUCUUCGUUUUGUUGCACAUUCCCCACAAUGAUACCAUGUCCACCAGUAGUGUCCACCAGUAUGUGUGUGAUUAUAGGACAACUCAAAGGUGACUUAAAGGAGUCAAUGGUAUUACACAAAUAAAGGCCAUACUUGCUGCACUGACACGGUUUGACUAGAAUGACUCCAUUUUGUCUUUCCUUCAGGCUGACCAUUGAACAUUUGACUUGUUAACUGGCCCACAAUGAAUGCACAUGAAUAUCUUCUGGCGUAACAGGUCACUUCUCUGGUAGUUAGUGUUAGGAAAGAGGCAGGAAGACUUUGUAUAGAAAAUGAUAUUGGCAUAAAGCUUCAUAAGUAAGAGAUCCUCGGGGGGAUUUAGGAAAACCAACGUAAAGGAAGAGUGGUGCAGUAACCAAUAGCAACCAAUCAGAUCGCUUGUUUUAUGUUUAAGAGGCCUCUUUAAAUAAAUCAGAUUGGUUGCUAUGGGCAACUGCACACCUCCCCCUCUACACAAGUAUUUAUAAAUCUCCCCCCACAGAUAGAGGGGCUUGUUGGGAAAGUUCAAAAAGGUUUGGGCAUAAAGCGUAUGCAGUCCUGCUGUCUGACCAUGCCUGGAAUCUGGGAGGAAGCUGCCAGGAACAUCAGUGCCUUCAAACGCUUGGACAAGUUUUCUCUAUUCUCGACUAUAGAAAGAAGCUGUGAUGUCAGGGUACUGCUGUUUCCUUCCAUACAUGAAACUAUGGGGAUAUUGAGCAGUAACAAAGUGAUGGUCAUUCUCUGACUGGUCCUUGACUUGAUCUCACCAGGUCUGUAGAACAAAACUGCUUCUCUGCUAUGAAUACGUAAGAUCAGUGGGACCUGAAGACUAUCGGGGACAUUUAUCAUCGUUGCUUUCUUGCUGCGUUGCUGCGUUGAGUUCUGUAGGCAUUUUUUUUCUUGCUUUUGCUGAUGACACAUUUAUUAUACUAUCAUGGAGGGUUGAUAAAUUUGGCUUACAUAAGCAAAAACAAAUAAAU